AUGGCUCCUAAGGAUAAACGCGUACAAGGAUGCGAAACUGAUAGUUCUAAAUUACUAUGUUCUUCUAAUGAGUAUUCGGAUUAUACAUUAGAUAGAGAUUUACACAUGUUCUGGGAAAGCCGCUUAUAUGAUAAAUCCUUUUUUAAAAAUAAAAAUCAGGAAAAAAGGUUCAAAUACCAUGACGAUAACACCAUUUUUAAGUUUUUGUUUAUGAACUGGGUCUAUAAAUGGGCUAGGUAUAUUUCAAAAGGGUACAUUGAGCCUUACAAGUUACACCCCUUGCCCGUACCGGAUCAAAUAUUGUACUGGCAGCCCAUUUUUUCGAAACACGUUAGCGAUGGCCUAAUUAGACUGGAAUUGUUCAAAACGCUGGAUACUAGCUCGAAGGAACUGGACAGAAGACCAGCAGCCUAUCGGAAGAUAUUUAUAAGAGCUAUAUUCUUAACGUUUUGGAAAAGAACGCUCUUUGGACUCGUGGGCAUCAUAAUUACGAACAUUAUGAGCAUGAGUAUCGCACUUUUGGUCAAAAAGCUACUUAAGAUUCUAGGUGGAGAAGUCAUAGACCUUACGAAAACAUUGUUGCUGGUUCUCGCUUUCGUCCUUUUUAACCUGAUAGACGGACUGGUCUCGGAUAACUUCAUUUUCUACCUGUACAGGCUUAUAAACAUGAUUCAGUAUUCGUUUUCCAUCACCGUUUUUCAACUUGGAAUAUGCCACAGAAGGUAUUAUUAUGAUGACAUAAAUGGCUCCAAUGACAUAGCCGCGUGCAGAGAGAUUCUGCACACGUGUUCUCCCGACUCAAAUUGCUACAAAAAUCCAUUAUUCUGCCCAGCUCUGAGGUAUCAGAACAGAGACAUAGGUCCGAAGAUUUUCUCAUUCGAGUUCAUUGAUUCGUACUAUAUUUCACUCUUUUUUGAAUCGAUGCUCUACAUAGUUAACUUUCUGUCGAGGUUCAUCUACGGAAUUAUUUUGAUGUCAAUGCAACUCAGGGUCAACAUGUGGGUUCUAUACGUCGUUGGAAUACUUUGCGUUAUCAUUAUGACAUCAAUUGAAGCUUUAAACACUUACGUAUUGAAUUUGAUUUAUCUACUCAAGGAUUUCAGAAUCAGUAAAUGCAUUGAGAUCAUUUCUGGUUUGCCAAUCAUUAACAAGAUGCUAUGCGAAGAUAUAGCAAUGAAUAUUAUUACCGAAUGCAGAAAUAACGAAUUGAUUUUGUUUUUGAGCAGAAUAUUUCUGACGCUCUUGAGCAAAUCAAUGUACAUCGUUUUCACUAACAUAUCGUUUUACGUUUUGAAAAGAGGUUUCGUAAAGACGGUAACAGAUGCCAGUAUUAUAACGGACAUUGACACGUCAGGUUUUAUGUCCACCUUUUAUAUAUUUUUUAAAAUUAUGGAUUCUAUGAACAUCUUGCCUCACUCUAUUAAAAGGAUCACGACCUCAUACACAUCAUUCGGCAGGGUCAGAAGAUUUGCAAAGAGGUGCUCCCCUAACUUUUACAUUAGUGACAAUAAGUACACUGGUUCAGUGAAAGCCUCUUCAAACGUAGUUCAGGUGACCGAUGAAGUUCCGAAUGACGCUGUUGUAUAUUAUAAGGACGCCUCGUUUGCAUGGGUUUGUUCGAGCAAGGACUUGUUGGAUUACAACUACGAGCCUUCGCUCAACAAUGUUAAUUUUCAACUGAAACGGGGCGAGAUUGCCAUAAUUACUGGUGCUCAGGGUUCUGGUAAAUCUAACUUCAUAAAGUCAAUGCUUGGUGAGAUGACUCUGGUUGGUGGGUCAAUGGCUGUUGUUCCAUUGCACACAUCAAUGCCCAUAUUUUAUGCUUCACAGGAUAUAUGGUUACAUCAGGGCACCAUCAGAUCAAACAUCACAUUUGGCUAUCGCUUCGACGAACAGAUAUACAACACGGUGUUGAAGGCAGUUGAACUUCAGUCUGAUAUAUCCACUUGGGAGAAGGGUGACCUCCGUGUCGUAUCUGACAACGCCCACACUCUGAGUGGUGGUCAGCGUGUGAGAAUGGAAAUGGCUCGUGCCAUAUAUGCCUAUCUCAUAUUCCACCAGGUUAACUCUGACUACAACAACGGCAAGUGCUCAUUCUUGAUGUGCCUCGACUCACCCUUCCACGGUCUCGAUCCUUUCGUCUCGAAAACUGUGUUCAACAAUUUGUUUAACAUCAAGACUGGAGUACUCAUCAAGGACGAUCUUUCUGUGGUCUUAUCUUCUACUAGACGUUACCUCCACACUUGUCUCGAACCAUCAGGUUUAAAAGGGGCUCCCAAUCCUCCAAUAUAUCGAAUAAAGAACGAGUCUUUGAAAUUCUUUUGUUAUUUGCACGAUUUCAUUAAUAACAAGGUUCACACCCCCGAAGACUUCAAGUACUUGUCGACGAACACUGGUCCUUAUCAAUUGAACCUUUUAACUCGUGACAUGUUGAAUUUGUGUUCAUCUGGUUCUACUACUAGGCUUGGUCGCAGGGAGGUCACUAGAACUAAGUACGACAAAUCGUUCAAGUCGUUUGUUAGGGAUGAGUUAUCUGGUGUCAAGUUCAAUCCGUACUUCGUUUACAUGAGGCCAGCCUUAUCACUUUUUAUUAUUUUUAUAAUUAUAACUGUUGUUUACACUGUAAUGGACAAUGCUAAGUUUAUUCUUUCAACCGACUUAUCUGACUACAUCAAAAAGAACAUUGACAAGUUUAACAGUGGUUCUUUUGUUGAUUUUGAAAGGGUUAAAUCUCGGUGCAAUACUUCAUUGUUCAUUAUUCUGGUUAUCACCACGAUAAUCGUUGUGUUGACGGUCACAUCAACAGUAUUAUUUUCGGCGUCCUGUAUAGUAUCAUCUCGUAAAAUUCACGAGUAUUGCAUCAAUUCAAUAUUCAAAAACAGUUCAUCUGUGAUUAAAAUAAAGAAACAAGUCAGUCAAAUUAUCACGUAUCUGUCUUGUGACAUUUUUCAGAUAGAUGAGGGCUUCGGCUACGCUAUUUCUUCUUCUCUCAUGCUUUUGAUAGAAACACUGAUUAGCAUCAUGACGCUUUGUUACAUCAUGCCUCUCUCGAUUCCGUUCGUUUCGGUCUCACUUGUGAUCAUCUACAAGUGUGUGUUCUCGAAAUACAUCAACAGCUCCAGAAACUUGCAAAUGGGCUCCUUGGAAUCGAUGUCGCACAUCAACGCGAUCUGCGAAAAUGGCAUUACCGGAUCAUGUAUGUACAGAGGCUUUAAAAAGGAGUCUGAGUUCAUGGAUAGCCUCAUUGAACACACCGAUUAUUACAUGAGAUGCAGGUUUUUGCACAAGGCGAUAGUUACAUGGUCGACGAUAAUGUCAAACUGGAUAUUCUCAACGACCCUGCUGUUUCUGAUCAUCCCAGUAUUUUGCAACAAGUACACGAAGUAUAAAAUUGGCGUCGGACACUUCGCCCUCGGCCUUUCGGUGAGUAUCAACAUCAUUAAAACGUUCACGAGUUACUCCAUGAGCAUUGCGAGGCUGGAGAUUUACAUGUGCUCGAUUCAGAGGUUCCAGUACUUCAUCCCCCCGGGCCAGAAACUGAAGUUCGGAAAGUCCAUGAACUGCCACGAAGAGUUCGUUCUAAAUCCGGGCAACAAGGCUUACGCGGAUGUGUAUAAGAAGCAUUUGUUGAAGAGAAGAUCGGCGGAGUUCAAGGCCGACGACAGAAGGUUCCAGGCUCUAAGGCGCUUCUUUUUCAACCCCAAGAUCAACGUCUUAAACGUGGACCGCUACGUGGCGCCUGAGCACUCUGGCAUUGAAUUGAAGGACGUGUGUGUGUACACGACCCCAGAUCAUAACCAGGAGGGCAUGAUCUUGAAAAACAUCAACGUCGCCGCCCACCGAGGAGACAUAGUGGGAAUAAUCGGGAGGACCGGCUCCGGUAAGACUACUCUUCUAUCGGUGCUCGAGAACUCCAUGAGGAACAGGACAGGGCAGGUAAUCUUGGACGGAAUGGACCUCAACAACAUUCCCAAGGUGGUUCUGGGUCAGAUACUCGGCGUUCUUCCCCAGCUUCCCUUCGUGUUCAAAGGGUGGACCAUCCGCAGGUUCCUGGACCCUAGAAAGCUGUUCAGCGACGAGGAGAUUAACCAAGCUCUAGAUUUGUGCGGCCUCCUCGAUUUCGUCAACGACCUACAGGGCGGGAAGAAGCUAGAUACCAUAAUAUUGCCCGAGGACGUUUCAAUAUCAAAAUCUAAAUCUAAAACAAAAACACAAAACAAGAACCCAUACCCCUCCAAAUCAUUUAAGUCUGAGCGGUCACUCACGAUGGAGUGCCUCAGGAACUACUACAUCAACAGCGACAUGGCUCUGUCCAACACGCAGCUGAGGACGCUCGCGUUCACUCGUCUGGUGCUGUACAGGCAGUUUUACAGAAUAAUUCUCGUGGAUGAGCCUCCAUCCGAGAACGUGAUGGACCAACCCAACUUCCAGGAUGUCGAGAUCGGCAUUCCCAUAUACGACUUGCUCCAGAAGUACUUCAGGCACUGCACGACGUUCGUGACGGCUCACGACGACAAUGCUUUGAACAUGUGUUCGUUAAUUUGGGUCGUCCACAAGGGCUCUCUCAUAAUGAGCUAUGAAAAGGAAAACAUUGACAUAUCUCUUACAAUAGCAAGCUUAAUGCAACACUGCGUAGGAACAGAUGAAUUUUAG